GUCGGCAUGCCUCGAAAGAAGAGGGUGCGGGAUAAUGAAUGCACUGGUUAUGCAUUUGAUCUUUCUGAUCAUCAUCUGCGUUGCAUUCUUCCUUCCACAACUAGCCAAAUGGAAAGUGGCAGCGGUCGUGGUAGAAAGACGGGGCGUUUUAGUAGUGUUAGGUUAGCUGCUUUGGAAAUUGAUGCUGCAUCUCAUGCAAGCUCAUCAACUGCAAGUGCUGUUAUCCUGAAUGAUAAUGGAAAUUGUUCACUUGAUAGAGGAAUUGAUGCAUUGGGGAUGCAUGAGGUUAAUAUUGGACAAGCAUCUUAUCAAAGGAAAAGAAGAGCAAGAGCUCUCAGACCCACAUAUGUAGAUUUUGGAGAUAUGACAAAUGUGUGUGUUGAUUGUGAUGCGUUAUUUUGGUUGCCCGAGUCGAAGCAUGUUCCACGUGAUGCUAGGCCCAUCUACACAGGUUGCUGCCAAGAAGGUCGGAUUAGGUUACCAUCUGUUAAACCGACUCCAGAUUUUUUAGAAUACCUUCUUGAUCCCAAUAAUGGUAUAGAGUGUGUGAAUUUCAGGAAAAAUAUUCGGGGUUAUAACACAAUGUUCGCAUUUACAUCUAUAGGAGCUAAUGUGGACACAACAGUUAAUGAUGGCCAUGGUCCUUAUGUCUUUAAAAUUAGUGGUCAAAUCUAUCAUCUUAUGGGUUCAUUGGUGCCUCCACAGGGUGAAUGUCCAAAAUUUGCACAGUUGUAUAUACAUGAUACUGAGAAUGAAGUUGUCAAUCGACAACGAGUUAUCGAUGGUUUGGAUCCUGAUGUUAUUAGUAAGCUGAUUGACAUGUUUGAUGGUAACAAUGAAUUGGUUCAAUAUUACCGGUCAAUCCGAGCCAAGUAUGAUGAUGACUCUUUGCGUUCUUUUAAUCUAACAAUUAUUGAUAGUGAAGUGGCAAGUGACAGGCAAUAUGAUGUACCAAGUAGCUCUGAGGUUGCUGGGCUCAUUGUUGGUGAUAUUGGAUUGUAUGAACCUGAAAGAGAUAUUGUUGUUGAAGGAAUUGACAGUGGUUUACAACGGGUUUCGAGACUGCAUCCAAAGUUCAUGUCAUUUCAGUACCCAGUGUUAUUCCCUUAUGGUGAAGAUGGUUAUCACCUUGGGUUGCAAUUAUCACCUGGCAAGGACAAUGUGGUGCGUAAAAGAACUAAAUUGUCCAUGCGUGCUUUCAUUUCUUACCAAAUACAUGAACGUGCAAAUGAAUCAAUUACUUUACUAAAAGGAGGCCGAUUGUUUCAGCAAUUUUUAGUUGAUGCAUAUGCAAAUGUUGAAGAAGACCGAUUGUUUUAUAUUAGGCAAAAUCAACGGGAUAUUAGGAGUGAGACAUAUGAGGGUAUAUGUGAUGCUUCAUUAAGAGGGGAUAACAAUGGUGAGAAUGUUGGAAAAAGAGUUAUAUUACCUAGCACUCACACUGGGAGCCCACGGUAUAUGAUCAAGCAUUACCAUGAUGCUAUGGCUCUUUGUCGGAAAUAUGGUCCUCCUGAUUUGUUCAUUACGUUUACUUGCAAUUCAAAAUGGCCUGAAAUUGAAAGAGCAUUACAAAACAAACAUGGUAAGAAAACAGAAGAUCGUCCUGAUGUUGUGGCAAGGAUUUUUAAAAUGAAACACGAUGAUCUUAUUGAGUAUGUCAAGUCUGGAAAGCCAUUUGGUAAGAUCAUUGCAGGUGCUGAUAUUGAUUCAAUAAUAUCAGCUGAGAUACCUGAUAAGGAAUUGGAUCCAAUUUUGUAUAACAUUGUGAAUCAGUUUAUGAUCCAUGGUCCAUGUGGUGUCUUAAAUCGUAAGUCACCAUGUAUGCGAUCAAAUAAAUGCAAGAAAUCAUUUCCAAAAGAUUACACAGAAAUGACAUUGUUUGAGACAAAUAAACUUCCUGUGUACAGACGUCGUGAUGAUCCCUCUAAAUUUGUCAUGAAGAAUGAUGUGUGUGUUGAUAAUGGCUUUGUUGUUCCUUAUAAUGCUGAACUUUUGCUAAGGUAUAUAUCUGCGCCUGAAGCUGCAUGGAGACUGUUUGAAUAUCCGAUUCAUUCUCGCCAUCCACCUGUUGAAUUGUUAAAAAUACAUUUGCCUGGACAACAACGUAUAGUUUUUGGCCAAAAUCAGCCACUUGCAUCCGUUAUUUCUAGAGAAGGAUCAAAAGAUACUAUGCUUACAGCAUGGUUUAGGGCAAAUGUUGCCAAGAAGACUAAGGAUGUAGCAAAUAGACUAACAUAUGCAGAGUUUCCUUCUCAGUUUGUUUGGGACAAUGAUGCAAAAUGCUGGAAUCCACGACAGAGAGGAUACGUGUUAGGUCGGUUGGCAAAUGUCCACCCAACAAGUGGAGAAUUGUAUUAUUUGCGAUUACUUCUAAACACACGUAAGGGUUGUAAAAGUUUUGAAUCUGUUCGUACAAUAUGUGGUGUUGUUUAUUCUACGUAUCAAGAAGCAUGUCGUGCCCUUGGUUUAUUAGGAGAUGACAAAGAGUGGUCAAAUGCUUUGACAGAGGCUGUGCCGACAGCAACAUCAUCUCAAUUGCGUCAUUUGUUUGUGACAAUUAUUAUGCAUUGUGAUGUCUCAAAUCCACGUCGCCUUUUUCAAACAUAUUGGCGUCAUAUGUGUGAUGACAUUUUGUACAAUGUUCGCUCUGAGUUUAUGAUGCAACAUCUCGAUAUACCUGAAUCAGAGCUUCAUAAUGCUUUAUUGUUUGAGUUGGAACUACUUCUGAGUAAUGUAGGGUCAUCGUUAGCAAAAUAUCAUUUGCCAUUGCCAGAUAAAGAAAAGAUGAUUCAACUGAGAAACAAACAAUUAAGGAAGGAGUUAGACUAUGAUUGUGUUGCUUUAGAGAAAGAGCAUCUAAGCUUGGUAUCAGAACUAAAUGAUGGUCAUAGAUUAAUAUAUGAAACUGUAAUUGAUGUGGUUUAUAAUAAAAUUGCUUCAUCAGGCAUUGCAUCACUGUUAUUGCCUAAUGGAAGAACUGCUCAUUCUAGAUUUAAAAUACCAAUUGAUUUGACUGAUGGUUCAAUUUCAACAAUCACAAAGGGUACGCAUCUUGCAGAAUUGAUUGAAAAAACUGAUUUGAUUAUUUGGGAUGAAGCGCCAAUGACAGAUAAAUGUUGCUUUGAAUCUUUGGAUACAUCAUUAAGGGAUAUAUUAUCAUAUCGUUAUCAAGGUGGAGUUGUUCCGCCGUUUGGUGGUAUGCCUAUUGUACUUGGCGGGGAUUUUCGACAAAUAUUACCAGUUGUGACUGAUUGUUCAAAGGCUAAAAUAAUAGAUGCAUCAAUAAACAGUUCAUUGUUAUGGCCAUUGUUUAAAGUUUUUCACCUAACAGAGAAUAUGCGAUUACGUAAAAAGGGAACAAGUGAAUGUGAAAAGAUGCAAAUAUCAAAUUUUGCGCAGUGGUUGUUACAUGUUGGUGAUGGAAAUAUGUGUGUGAUGUGUAUGAUGAUGACAACGACAUGGAUGCAUCCUGGAUAG